AUGACUAAACAGAAUUUGUCUAAUGCUAAAUCCUGUGUCAACCCCACCAUGUUUAUGGUGGAGAAGCCACCUCCACCACUGCCGCCGCCACGGGAAAGUUACAUCAAUAAUAUUUCAAGAAAAACACUUGUUGAAAUAAAUGGUGAUCCAAGAAUAAUGAAAUCUUGGGUUGAUUCAAUGAGAGCUUCUUCUCCUACUCAUCACAUGUCCACAAAUCUCUAUGAAGACAAGACUUCUUGGAUGGCGCAUCAUCCAUCAGCAGUUGACAUGUUUGAAGAUAUAAUAAGUGUUUCUAAAGGGAAGAAAAUUGUAAUGUUUUUAGACUAUGAUGGUACCCUUUCUCCCAUUGUUGAUGACCCUGAUCAAGCUUUCAUGUCUGAUGAUAUGAGAGGAACAGUGAGAAAACUUGCUAGAAAUUUCCCUACUGCUAUAGUUAGUGGGAGAUGCAGAGACAAGGUAUACAAUUUUGUACAAUUAGCAGAGUUGUACUAUGCUGGAAGCCAUGGGAUGGAUAUAAAAGGACCAUCAAAAGGUUCUAAAUAUAGUAAGAAAGGAACUCAAGCUGUUCUUUUCCAACCAGCAAGUAAAUUUCUUCCAAUGAUUGUUGAGGUUUACAAAGAAUUAUUGGACAAAACAAAGUCUAUUGAAGGUGUUAAAGUGGAGAAUAAUAAGUUUUGUGUGUCUGUGCAUUUCCGUUGCGUCGAUGAAAAGAAAUGGGGUGAAUUAUCACAACAAGUGAGUUUAGUGCUAAAAGAAUAUCCAAAGCUUAAAUUAUGCCAAGGAAGAAAAGUAUUAGAGAUCCGUCCUAUUAUUAAAUGGGACAAAGGAAAAGCUCUUCAAUUUUUGCUUCAAUCACUUGGAUAUGCUAAAUGUAAUGAUGUCUUUCCUAUUUAUAUUGGUGAUGAUCGAACAGAUGAAGAUGCUUUCAAGGUACUUAGAGAAAGAAGGCAAGGUUUAGGCAUUCUCGUCUCAAAAACUCCAAAAGACACACAUGCAUCUUAUUCUUUACAAGAACCUUCUGAGGUGAGAAUCUUUAAACAUUUAAGCAAAGUACAUUAG